AUUUUGUCAUUAUUUCGAGACUUCUUCUAAGGAGUAGCGUAAUCGUCCUUUUUUUUAUCAAGUUACUGUUUUGAUCGGUUUUCGUAAGCAACUAACUAGCAUAUUAUUAUUUCUAUGGUAUGACAGAGAACUAGUCUAACACCAGUCUUGCCUCGUGGAUAAAAUAAGGAAAUGAAGAGACAGGGGACCCAUCUACCGUUGCCUUAUCCCACCAUAUAAGAUGCCGGCCUACAUGGCCUUCCUGGCAUUCCUUGCUUUGCUUCUGUACCUCUUGGUACGACUCCUCAACUGCCACAGCACACCCGACAAGCCAAGUCUAUUCCAUGGAGAGUCAACAUUGGUUGCAAAAAUUCUAGAACAGUGUCCUAUAUUGUACCAGUGCUACGAUCCUCCGUCACUGUGGGGGCGGAGUGGCCACCUCCAAACUGCCAUGUACAGUCUGCUAGGCCGUGUCAACUCUCCUUUUCCACGCGGGGAAAGGAGAAGCGUGCUCAUGCACGAUGGUGCGACACUCAGCUUCGAUGUGUUUCAACCACUGGCCAGCCACAAGAACGAGGGAGAUUACACUCUUAUAGUUGUACCUGGGCUCGGUAAUUCCAGCGAGAGCGUAUACAUCCGCACGCUGAUAAACUACAUGCAGAAUCUUGGUUAUCGUGUGGCUGUUCUCAACCAUCAGGGAGCACUUAAGACAGAAAAAAUCACUGCACCUAGACUCUUUACAUAUGGAGGCACGGAAGACCUGGCUCUGAUGGUGCAGACUGUGCUCACGCUGUUCCCCAGCACGACACUGAUCGGUGUCGGGUUCAGUAUGGGCGGAAACAUUCUUUGCAAGUACCUGGGCGAAGACAGCAAGCACUGCCGGCGCUUUCUCUGCGCUGUCUCCGCAUGCCAGGGUUACGACGCCGUCAGGGCCCUCGGUCUGCUAAUGCGCUGGGACAACUUUCGACGCGCCUACAUCUGGCUAAUGACAGAGAACAUGAAGCGCAUAGUCCGGCGCCAUCAGGACGUGCUCUGCACCAUCGACUGUAACCACGGCGACAAGCCGUCGUCGUCGCGCGUCGAUCUUCAGCAGACGCUGGCUUCGACCUCCCUCAUCGGCUUUGACGAAUACUUCACCAGGCGUGCGGCGGGUUAUGACAGCCUAAUAGACUACUACAGGGACCACAGCAGCGCAAGAGUCAUCAAUAAUAUAAAAAUCCCAAUGAUGUUGGUGAAUGCUAAAGAUGAUCCUAUUGUACCGUCCGAGCUGCUCAGUUGUGCAUAUGAAUACGUGGAACAAAAUGAAAAUGCUCUGUUUGUUCUUGCUAAGCAUGGUGGCCAUCUUGGCUUUUUCGAAGGAAACCUUCUAUAUCCGGACCCAAUUACAUGGAUAGACAAGCUGGUCGCACAGUACUGUGAUGCUGUAAUCGACCUAAAAAAAAUAGACAAAAGUCGGUCUUCCAGCAUUAUUCUGCAGCGCUGAAGAAUAAACAAUUGUGUCAACUGUCGAACAUAAGGAUGGUCGUAUCUAAUUUAUUAAAUCGGUUUGUACUAGAUAAAAGAUUAUGCACAAGUCUUCGUGAUUAUGGUUACCAUACUAUAGUAUGCUCUGUAUGCAUCACAGAUACAUUCAGACUAAUUAAUUUAAAACACUUGAGCAAAAUGUGUAAAACCAUGAACAUAUAUCUAUCUAUCCAUCCAUCCAUCCAUUCAUGUAUCCAGCCAUUCUUUCAGCCACCCAUCAUGCCAUCCGUCCAUCUAUAUGUGUGUGUGUGUAUAUGUAUAUUAUGUCCAUACAUAUGUUCAUGGUAUUACUAUCUUUGUUAAGAUACUACAGGCAGAACAAUCAUUAAUUUGCAUGCCAUGCAGUCUUAAAUAAUAGAACAACCAAAUGACCCUAGCUAGGCGUCAUCACUGUUGGAACGUAGCUACGGGCAUGGUAAGCCAUACUUGGCAUGCUAAAUUUUCAGAGUGCUAUAAAAUGAUUUGCUAUUAGUAUUAGUCCGUUUGCUUGACAUUAUUCUUUAGUGAAUAGCUGUGAUUUAGUGGUGCAGCUGCGUCUCCUUCAACCUUGUAAUUCUGGUUGGAAUGAGACUGGCCAGAUAAAGUUAUUAUUAUCAGUGCUUAUUACAAUAUCCCAUAGGAAAAGAAUCAUUGUGCUAAAAUAAAUUUUUGGUAUUUGAAUUCUACAUGCCCAGUAAAUUGACACUGCUGUGUGUAAGUAUUUUUGUAGUCGUUAUUCUUAAAAUUAUUUUAAUUACAGUCAUAGUUGUAUGUGAUAUUAUAGCAACCUAUUCCAUUGUCCUCAUUGACAGUACUGCAAUGUGUUUGUGGGACAACGUGAAGGGUAGGCCUAUGUGGUGGCCUGAUGAUCCUGCAUCAUGCUUGAGACACAAAGAUCCCCAAAAUGUUACCUUUUGUUGCCUACAUAUAAUCAGGAGAUUGUAUUGAUAGACUCCUGAUAUAAUAAUAUCAAAAGCCUGUUAACAUUAUCUGAAUGGGCUUUUGAUAAUAUCAUGGUUAUGUGAGCAUAUCAUCAUCUGCAAGAUCUUGUGUGUUUGUGUGGAUAUUUACAUGUCUAUGGAACAGUGCGACUAGUGUGAUUAUGUGGUAUUCCCGCGUAGGGUCAUGUGUAUGAAAGAUACUGUGAACGUAUCCAUAUAAUAUAUAGUCAUGCUCAUUCUACAUGUAGAAUAUAGAUAUGUUCAUGAAGAAACCUCAUAGGGUUUAUAGAAGUUGUUCGGUCCAGACAAUAGCAGCUUUGUAAACCAUAAUAGUAACGCAUGUAUCAUUGCACAUGUUUGAAGCCAUCUACUUCUAAGUUGUCAAUCCCUACAUCGGUUUAGUUUUAUAUUUACAAAUUUGCUUUGUAGUAUUUUGCGUGUGCAGUCAAUGAAGGAACUAUUUUGUGAUAUGAAUUUAUAGGCCAGUGUAAUGUUAACAGUUAUGUGUUACUUUUUGUUGUUGGCUUCUUCAAGGAAAACGUGCUACGCACUUUUGUAUCGCCUCACAUUUAACAGCUUUCUGUUCAAAACUUCUACAAGAAAGGAUAUUUUUCUAUCUAAAUGCGUUUUUCGUUCGUAUAGUAUGUGUUGGUUCUAGAAGGACGGUAGGUGCUUUCGCAUACCCAAGCAUACCUCCAUUGCUGAAAUGAUAGAUUUCUAAAAUGAAUUCUAAUCUCUUAUGUGGUAUUUUUAAUAUUCAUCAGAUAUUACCUACUGUAUAAUUAUAUAUUUUACAACGGUGUGACCCUUUGGCUGCAAUCGUCUGUGUGCCGUGUUAACACAUAUUUUGCCAAUAUGCUGAUUUAGUGAAAAUAUAGUUGGUUUUAUUACAAUAUUUCUUUAUUAUAAAGAAUAUAUACUUUUUCAUAGAAAACUAUUAUUUUUAGGAGACUGUAUUUUUGAUUGUGACGAAAUACUGCGUUACUUGAUAGCUUUGAUUAUAUUGCUCAAAGAUGUCUGUCAUUUUGAUUUAGUGGUUCCAGUCAGUCAGCCAUGUUUGAGUGCAUGUGUUGCGGUAUUGACGUGGAACCAAUCGUUGACAAUUUACCUAUCUGCCUGGCCUGAUUGACAGGCACCUCCAGCCAAUCAUUGUUGCAAUGUUGGAGUUUUGAAAAUGCUGCUCAGUAACAAAGUGCUGCAAAGUCGACAUUUUGUCGUGCACGUGUGAUGAACGUGUAUAAAUUGGUCUAGCUCCAGUUGAAAUAGCAUGAAUAGCCAAGGCUUGUCAUUGUUCGCUCAGAGGGAUAGAUAAGUGAGCUUGCCAGGGAAAAAUGCCGUCAAUUUUUUGAAGUUUCGUUUCGUUUGAUUGUCCCUGCUGCAUGUCUGCUUGUGCCCGAGUAAGUUAUACCUGUAAUCGACUGUAGAAUAUGUUAUGAUAGUGAAAUAUUGUGAAUAAAUUUGUCAUUGUGAAGUGAUGGAUAUUUA